AUGGCAAGAAAUAUUCCGAAAUUUCAAUAUUUCAAGAUAACCAGCGAGGACGAUUCUGAUAUACCAAACAGUUUUAAUACAACUAGUACACCUGAAUUAAAUGAUAAUGAAUUAUUCAAUGGUUCUGGAAAUAACGAACGUGUUGGCUUCUUUGGGACAACAUACCACGGACGCCUUCCACAUGUUAUUGAUAUGUCAUCUACCUCCUCGAAUUCAGGUGGAAAGGCAGAUUUUACUAUUCGAAAAGUGGGCGUUUUUGAUAUGAGAGGGAAGAUCGAGAAAAGUGUGAAGUGUAAGGACGUUUUCAUUGAAGCACCUUAUGGUGUUCUCGAACAACGAUUAGCUUCCAUGCAAGGUGUUUUACAAAACCAACUACUUUUUUUUACGGUUCCUGAAUACACUAUUAGAACAAUAACAUACGCAGCGAUUCUGGAUUUUAGUUAUAUACAUAACUUAACUGUUUUCUUAAAAUUAGAUCCUGAGAAUCCAUGCAACUACAGAUGCAUUAACCUUCCUAAAGACUCAGGAGUAAGGUUUCUUUUGGACAAGUUAAAUCUUUCCCCGCCAAGUUGGCCUUUCUGGAAGGGUCAAAGGAUGCAAGAUACAUCUUCGUUGUUUGACCAAGGGGUUAUAACUGGUGAUAAUAUUAACAUGUACAAGAUACGAACAGAAACUGUAAAGUGCCUUUAUAGAACCGCUCCUAAAUACGAACAACUGUUUUCAGUGGAAUGCCUUACUAUUGAUUCGAUUCUCGAAUUAAAGCAGAAAAUACGCGAUACAAUUAGAAGUUUAAAUAGAAUUCACAACCCCAUCUCAGAAUCUGUUUUGAAUUCACAUAUCUGGUUAACAUCGGGCAAACGAAUAUAUAGGGACGAAGAAUACAUUUGUUUACUUGAGUCAGAUUUAGAUUCCAGUAGCGAUUCGAGCGACAGCCUGUCGAUAACAUACUAUGAUUACGUUCUUCAUUUCCAACCACCAGAUUGCAUCCCUAUACGCGUUACAUAUAGAGUAGGCGACACUCGCAACUCAUCGGUAGAAACUGUAAUUGUCCCUAAACAAUCUUCAACAACACAUCUCUGUGAACAUAUUUCUAAACUUCUGCACUGUUUACCUUGCGCUGUAAAACUAAACAUACAAGGCAAGAAACUACCAAUGAGUGACGACCUAUCAACAUUUUCUGAAUUCAAACCAGGUUGCAUGGUGUAUGCAAGUGUCAAAAGAGCUAUAACAGUGAUCGUUUCUCUUGGUGAUGCGUUGCUUAAAUUCCCCAUAAUGAAAAUGGACAAGGUACAAUCGCUUAAGUGUAAGAUAGCUGACGAGAUUAAAACGCCCCCAAGUAUUUUGAAACUUAAAUUUAAUGGAAAAGAAUUAGUGGACUUCCAUCGAAUCGAACAGGAAGAUAUCAAAGACAAUUCUACUGUUGAUGCAGAAAUCGUUGAAGACCGAAUCCAAAUAAGCAUUCGUAAACGCACCCACCCAAUCAAACAUUUUAUAGUGGAAAAUCUAGAAGAAACCAAGAUAAGAGAUCUUAAGAACUAUUACAGGCAUGUUGUAGGAUUAAGUGCCAAAUUGGACAUUGAUCUGUACACAAAAAACACGUGUUCUCAACUUGACGACUUUGCAACAUUGAAAUUCACAGGAACUAAAGAUAAAGACAUAUUUUUUGCCAUUGAAAAGAUUUCUGCUGAAGGAAAGUAUAUGAAAAUCUACGAAGCUCACCAUAAUGGAUAUGCCACAAUUAAAUUAGGAAUGAUACAAAAUGGGAUGAUAUUUUAUUGUGCUCUCGACCCAGGAACUGUUACAGAAAACAACCAAGAAGACCAUGUCUACACAUUACCAUCAGCGUGUUGCAACAUCCGAUUAGCACAAUCGUUUGAAAUAGAGCCCUUUGAGUUUUCCAGUACACCAGAACCCUUGCUCCAUGUUCAGUCACUAUUAUCUAUCAAACCUAAUCUGUCAGUGCUUCCAAAGCAACCAUCUUUCCUUAGGCAGUUUUCAAAUAUGUCUCUAUCUUCAAGUUCAACUAUUACUGUGAUGAAUAGAACUGUUGACGGCAGCCCUUCAGUUUAUAUUCCAAUCAGAGAUCCACCAGAUGUUGUGAGCGACAUUGAGUUACAGAAAUUGGCCAAUGAGUUACCAGGACACAACUGGCAACGUUUCAUCCGUGAUCUCGGCGUUGUAAACGGUGUUAUUAUGCGUCAUUCAGAAGCUUACCCAAAGAAUAUAACAGAAGCGAUUUACCAGUGCUUGAACGAUUGGAAACAAAGUAACGGUAAAGAUGCGAAAAAAAGCAUCAUUCAGAAAAAAUUAUAUGACAAUGAAUUGCGGGCCUUAAGUGAAAGUAUAUUUGAGUAUGCAACAGUGUAA